GGAACUUGAUGUAAAGUUCCUAAAAUAAUGUAUCAACAAAGUUUUCUAGCCUGCAGAUGCCUUUCUGUUGGCAUUUCAACAUUUGCUAAAAAUGGUAGCAGGUGCAUGGUUGUGAUGAAUAUCAACCAGCAACAAAAUAAAUUAAGUUUGAAUUAUUAUGCCACCAAGGCAGAGAACAAAGAAUCAAAAAAAGACAAAACAAAUCAGAUGGUGUUGAGAAAACCACGUAACUUUGAUUAUUCAGGAGAUUUAACAUCGACUGAAAUAUUUCCCAGCUCUGAUAUAGUCAAUAAAUAUAAAAAAAUUAGUGAACUUGACAGCUUACCAGAUCCUAUAAAGAAAUUGUGUACAUUACAAUAUGCUUCUCGUAUUGAGUAUAAAGAACAUAUUAUAAAUGAAAUGAAAGAUAAAAUCCAACGAUUAUUUGGUGAUAGAGCUUUCAGAGAACAAAGCAUUGCUAAAUUAACGUUAGAUAUCAGAAGUUUAAUUGGUCAUUGUUUGAGGAAUCCACAGGAUAAGUUAAAUAAAUCUAUAUUGGUAGAAAAAAUACAACAAAGAAGAAAAUAUCUGAAAUUUAUGAGGAGGGAAGAUUAUGAAAGAUUUGAAUGGCUCCUGGAAGAAUUGCAGAUUCAAUAUAUCCCAGUGCCAAGAUAUCACAUCCCGGAAGGUAAAAGAAAUAAACGUAAAUCAGCAGCCAAAGCUGAAGCCUAUGCUGUUCGACAGAAAAAAAUUGAUGACCUGAAAGCGAAGUUAGAAGAAGAAAAGCAUGAAUUUUUGAAUUAUAAAGACAAGGUUAUGAGUGAAAUGAAAAGGGAUAUUGAAACAUAUAAGCUUGAUAAAGAUUUCUUUCAAAAACAGUUAUAUAGAGAAGAUGAGAGACGAAUGUCAAAACAAACUAUAAGAAAUAGAUUAGAAUCAGCUAGUGCACAAAGCAAGAAGUAAUCAUUUGAUUACAUUGUGUUGAAUUGGAUGCGUCUUUUAUAGAUAAAAAGUUUAAAU